AUGUCUAAUCUUCAACUUGAAAUCCUUUAUGACUAUGAGUCCAAUUUUAAGUGUACUCUCAAUGAAGAAUUUGAUGAAUUGCGUCUGGGUUCUACCAUAAAUCAUAACUCUAGUCUUAUGUUCUGGGCUUGCUUUUCAUGGUAUAGACUAGGACUGAUAGUCCCUAUUUGUGGCAAUGUAAAUAGUGAAGUUUAUGCUAAACUUAUAGUAAACUAUGCUAUUUUUGCUAUACGACAUCUAGUUUUUGAUGAGCAAGAUAUUUUUCAGCAAAACAGUGCUACCCCUUAUAAAUAUUGGAAAGUUAAAGAACAAGAAGUUGAAAGACGGUUGCAUAAUUCUUUGGAUAAACCUACAAAUAUUGAUGAUUUGGAAGAAAAGGUCAUAGCAGCGUGGUAUUCAAUUCCAUCCCAAUAUUAUUAUAGG